GAUAGUUGCUCAUGGUUAUGGUCGUAGUCACGGACAAAAUAGAAAAAUGCUAAAACAAUACAAUAAUGAAGAUUUAGAAGAUAUAGACAAAUUAUGGUUAGUUCCAUCAGAUAAUGCUUUAGCUGUCACAUUUCUUGAUCCAAGGUUCAAAUAUUUUAAUUGGGCAACAAGUACUGAACGAAACAAAAUACAAAAUUUAUUAGAAGCAGAUUCUGCACAAACAAACAUGGAAGAAGAGAAUGAAGUAAUACAUUAUGUAAAGUUUCAAAAAAUUAAG